AUCGUGUUAGCAGAAGAAUUGGGGGAGGAGAGGGAAAGUUAAUUAUAAGUGUUCCCCUUCUGCAAUGCAGAAAGAAAACAGUUACGUACUUGGAAAUCAGUCAAAGUGUGUACAUUUGAUCUAAUUUGUUGAAGUUACACAACUCAGUUUCUUUGGAGGGAGGCAUAAAUCAGAUUUUCUAUUAAUUUACUCAGCAAUGUCAGAGUUUUUUCUUAAUUUGUAUUAAAUAGCAGUAGUUUAUAACUUCAGAUUAAAUUUAGCCUUUUCAGUGUAAUAUUGUGUGCUUGAAAAAUCUAUAUGUGCUAUUUUUUAUUUCUUUAAUUAUGCCCUAUUGAGAAUUACUUCAUCCUUCUAGCAGAAAAUUCCAUUAACUAGACUACUGAUUCCUUAAGAUUUCUCUCUUUAAUUAUGGGAUUAAUAGUUUUUCAUAUUAUAAUGUUUCUAAAGAAGUGUGCUUGAUAAAUCCGUACAUUUAAUGAGUAUCAUCCCCUUGUUUUAUUUUUAAAAGAUAUUGUUAAAUUACUGUUAACAGUUCAUACUGUUAAAAAUAUGGUAAUUAUAGUUUUCUAUAAGCCACAAUUUAAAAGUGUGGGCUUUGAAAUCAGACAGAUCUCAGUUUGAACUCUGGCCACUGCUCAGGGUGUUAGACAUGUCUAGCAUGGAGAUGAAAAUACCCAUGAUUUCAUCCCUCUAUGUGCUGGCCAUUUAGUAAGUGGUUAAUAAACAGUGUUAUCAUUUACACGAUCAUCGCUGCCAGAGGUGGGAGAUCCUUGGGAUAUGAAUGAAGCUGCCUUCACACAUUUGGAUUAUCUAACCAGUAAUAAGGACCUAAAUGAGAGGUAGUAAAUGAGUUAAGGAGGACUGAGACCUUUCCUUUCAUCGCUGUGGAGUCCUGUAUGUCUCCAUUAAGGCUUAGGUUAUAUGGAGAUGGCUGGGUCUAUGAGGCUUAGGCUUAGGGGACCUAUGAGGGGGAACCAAAAAAAGUCUAGACAUUAAUGCAUGGCUAGAGCUGGAGGUUCUGUUACAGGUUUGCUCAUGACUGCAGAUAAUAAUCACAAACUGAGUAGUAAAUACAAAGAGGAAGGAAGGCAGGAUGUGAAAUCUGUUGGCCAUGUUCCUUACAGUCUGGAGUGUAUGUCAGUGUCAGCUGAGGACCGGCAGAGACCAGGAUGGAUGAGGGCCUGUCCAGGGCCUGAAUGGACACAGGUGUCAGCAGGGCCACCUGGUAAGCCAGCCAUGAGAGGGUAUCUUGUGGCCAUUUUCCUGAGUGCCGUCUUCCUCUAUUACGUACUGCAUUGUAUAUUAUGGGGAACAAACGUCUAUUGGGUGGCACCUGUGGAAAUGAAACGGAGAAAUAAGAUCCAGCCUUGUUUAUCAAAGCCAGCUUUUGCCUCUCUGCUGAGGUUUCAUCAGUUUCACCCUUUUCUGUGUGCAGCUGAUUUUAGAAAGAUUGCUUCCUUGUAUGGUAGCGAUAAGUUUGAUUUGCCCUAUGGGAUGAGAACAUCAGCGGAAUAUUUUCGACUUGCUCUUUCAAAACUGCAGAGUUGUGAUCUCUUUGACGAGUUUGACAACAUACCCUGUAAAAAGUGUGUGGUCGUUGGUAAUGGAGGAGUUUUGAAGAAUAAGACGUUAGGAGAGAAAAUCGACUCCUAUGAUGUAAUCAUAAGAAUGAAUAAUGGUCCUGUUUUAGGACAUGAAGAAGAAGUUGGGAGAAGGACAACCUUCCGACUUUUUUAUCCAGAAUCUGUUUUUUCAGAUCCCAUUCACAAUGACCCUAAUACGACAGCAAUUCUCACAGCUUUUAAGCCACAUGAUUUGAGGUGGCUGUUGGAAUUGUUGAUGGGUAACAAAAUAAACACUAAUGGUUUUUGGAAGAAACCAGCCUUAAACCUGAUCUAUAAACCUUAUCAAAUCAGAAUAUUAGAUCCUUUCAUUAUCAGAACAGCGGCUUAUGAACUGCUUCAUUUUCCAAAAGUGUUUCCCAAAAAUCAGAAACCCAAACACCCAACAACAGGAAUUAUUGCCAUCACACUGGCAUUUUACAUAUGCCAUGAAGUUCACCUAGCUGGUUUUAAAUACAACUUUUCUGACCUCAAGAGUCCUUUGCACUACUAUGGAAACGCCACCAUGUCUUUGAUGAAUAAGAACGCAUAUCACAACGUGACUGCAGAGCAGCUCUUUUUGAAGGACAUUAUAGAAAAAAACCUUGUAAUCAACUUGACUCAAGAUUGACUCUACAGACUCAGAAGAUGAAGCUAACAGUGUUAGUUUUAUUUUUGUACUGCAAUUUUUAGUUUAAAAUACGUUGGAUGCACUCAUCAAAUAAUUAUGUAUUAUAUUGUCUGUUGCUGCCUGGUGAUUCAUAAUCACCAGCUUAAUUUCUGUGAAUACCAUAUAUUUAACUUAUGAAAACCAAGAAAUGUUUAGUGACGGUAUCAGGAAAAUGUUUUGAUUGCAUUGUGUUUUUAAAAUAAGCUAGUUUUCUGAGGUGUUUUUACACAUCUUUUUAUAGUUACUUCAUCUUGGACUUUUGAAGGGAUAUGACUUCUACUGAGGAUUUAGUUUACCACAACAAUCUUGACUAUAAUAAGACAUUUUCAGAAGUAUAUUUGGCUACUGUAAACAUGGGUGGUGGGGAAUCACACAUGGCUUGAUGUGGCAAACUGAAACCACUUGGCUAUGGAAAUGUAAGUUCAUACUGGUUUAAUUAAGCUCUCCCCGACAACCCCAGGAAUUAAAUGAACCAUGAUUGUGAUGAGUAAUCUGGUACAAUGAAGCAAGUGGUGGUAAGUUAAAGGAAAUAGGCUAAGCAUAAAGUUCUGGUUAAGUAUAUAACUAAAGAAUAGAAUUACUACAGUCUGAUGGCUUUGUAUUAUUUUAAAGACAUACAGUUUAAUUUUAUACAAUGAAGCUAAGCUAGACAAACUCAAGAAGGAAAGAAAAAUCUUGAACUUUUUUUUUUUGUCUGGUUUAUUCAUUAAAUUUUGAAGGUUCUCCACUUGGAAGUAAAUUAGGAAAGGUAAAGAA